AUGGCGACCCACUCGUCGUCCUCGUCGUCGACAGACGCGUCGGGCGGACGACGGAGCAGUCACUCGAGGGAACUGCUCGACGAGGCAGCUUACGGCGUGCUGAACGGCACAGUCGGCGGCUCGUACGGUCCCUUUCCCGAACACUUUUCGCCGAGACGAAACUCGACCACCCUCGUGCACCGAAACUCGUCCAGCAUCGGACUCGACCCGCCCAUCCUCCCCUACGCCGCCUCUCCUCCCUUCGAGUCGCCCUCCUCGUCCUCUUCUGCAUUCGACUUGUCACCCGUCGCGGCGUCCUCGUCUUCCAUACCGCGACUCGCGGGCGUACCCGCAUCCAGCUCGACAAUCCUCUGGGAAAAGGAGCCGGAUGAUUUCCUUCACGAGUUCGACCCAGCCCUCGAGCGCAUGCUCGACAAGCAACACAUGAAGAGCUUCUCCCUACGCGCGGCAAUCAACACCCUCGCCCUUUGCGCCGUCGUAGUCGGCAUCAUCCUCCUAUUUGCCGGCUGGCCGAUCUACCGCUUCGUCAUCGCCGGAGGAUUCCCGAUGGACAUGUCGGUCACGAAGCAGAACGCGUCAGGGAUGAUCCCUGACGUUCAGGUCCCGACACUCGUUGACCCGGCGACUCCGCACUCGGCGUACAGCCGGAAAGGACUCGAUGGAGAGCAGUACCGCUUGGUCUUUUCCGACGAGUUCAACAGGGAUGGGAGGACGUUCUGGCCUGGAGACGACCCGUACUGGGAGGCGGUGGACCUUCACUACUGGGGCACGAAAGAUCUCGAAUGGUACGACCCAGACGCGAUAACCACCUCGGACGGCAACCUCGUCAUCACGCUCACCCAACAACCCUGGAACAACCUCAACUUCCGCUCUGGCAUGCUUCAGAGCUGGAACAAGUUUUGCUUCACGGGUGGGUAUAUGGAGGUGAACCUUUCGUUGCCGGGCGAACCGACUGCUCAAGGGUUCUGGCCUGGCGUCUGGACCCUCGGCAAUCUCGCCCGACCAGGCUACGGCGGCUCAAACGACGGGAUGUGGCCCUACUCCUACGACUCUUGCGACGUCGGGACUUUGCCGAACCAGACUUGGCCGAAUGGGUCGUCGCCUGAUGCGGCGAAGCAUUCGGGAUCGCAGGAUUACGGGGGAGAAUUGAGUUGGCUCAUCGGCCAACGAGCGUCGGCUUGCACGUGUCCAGCGGACGCCGGCGAGCAUCCAGGGCCUUCGGCGGACGUUGGUCGCGGUGCGCCUGAAAUCGAUGCGCUUGAAGGCGCCCUCUGGCGAACCGGCGACCGAGGCUCCGCCUCGCAGUCGAUCCAAAUCGCUCCCUUCACGAGCGGGUACAACUGGAAGAACACCUCGCCGGACGUCGAGUUCAAUCCGGACUGGACGAUCCAGCAGAACCAGUGGCAUGGCAGUGUCUACCAGGAAUCGCUCUCGGCGGAGGUCAUGACCGACAACACGUCGUUCAGCGGACGAGGCUACACUACCUACGGAUUCGAGUAUGACCCCGGACCCGACGGCAGCAUCCGCUGGGCUAUCAACGGCUCUUCGACCUGGACCGUCCACUCUUCCGCCAUCGGACCAGACGCAGCGGCUGGAAUCGGCCAGCGAAUUAUCUCUGAGGAACCUAUGAGCAUCGUCUUGAAUUUGGCUAUUUCGUUCGCGUUCCAGGAACCGGAAUGGGGCAAGCUCAAGUUUCCGGCGAGUCUACUUAUAGACUAUGUACGCGUUUAUCAGAAGGGCAAGCCCAAGAUCGGUUGCGACCCGCCUGACCACCCGACGUCCGAGUACAUCAACAACCACCUGGACCUGUAUAUGAACCCCAACAUCUCCACCUUUGCCCAGUCAAACUACACGAAACCUCGGAACCGCCUCUCUGCGACAGGCUGCUCGUAG